AUGGCUUCUGCCAGCAACGUGGGCAGCUCUAUACUCUCCAAGCUCACCGUGGGCAACUUCUUCCUCGCGCUCUCUGUCUACAUCGCCUUCCGGGUAGUCUACCAAAUAGCCUAUUACCGCUUCUUCCACCCUCUCUCCAAGUUCCCUGGCCCGUUUUGGGGCAGUGUAACACGCCUGUGGGUCGCCUAUCACAACGUAAAAGAGGACGAGUGCGAGCUCGAGUAUGCCUUGCAUAAGAAAUACGGCCCCGUCAUCCGCGUUACUCCAACGCUACUCCUUGUCUCAGACGCCACAAAACUACCAGACAUAUACCAUCGCCAAGCCAACAAGACCCAACACUACAUAACGGGCUCAUUCGGCAGCACCGAGUCCCUCUUCAACAUGCAAGACUGGCGCACCCACGCCAAGUUCCGCAAAGUAGCAGCCGGGCCGUAUGCAUUCAGCAACAUCAAGAAGAUGGAGCCCCUGAUCGACACUCGCAUGAAACACUGGAUCAGCAAACUGGACGAAAAGUUCGCUACCACGGGUCAGAAAUUCGAGUUUAACUGGUGGGCCAUCUACAUGGCGUAUGAUAUUGUGUCUGAGAUCGGGUUUGGGGCGCCGUUUGGAUUCGUGGAGGAAGGAAAGGAUGUGGGAGGGCUGAUUGAGGGGUUCCACCAGGGAUUGGUGCCGUUUGGCAUCAUGGCUAGGCUGUAUCCGUUCACGUACUGGGUCAAGAGCACGUGGAUGGGGAAGUACCUCGUCGCGACGCCGGAGCAGGAUUCGGGGAUUGGGAAGUUGAUGAGGUUCAGGGAUAGGUUGAUUGCGGAGAGGCAGAAGGAUAUGGAGUCCGGGAAGGUGGGCGGCCGAGUCGACUUACUACAAACCUUCCUCGAUGCCAGAACAGAAGACGGCAAGCCCCUGGAAAUGGACUACAUCAAAGCCGAGAUCCUUCUCGUCCUCCUCGCCGGCGCCGACACCACCGGCACCGCAUUCGAAGUUCUAAUGAAGUACAUCCUAUGCAACGAGUCCGUCUACUCGAAGCUCAUGGCCGAGAUCGACGCCGCAACUCGCGCUGGCCACCUUUCUGAGAUCCCGCAGUACGCCGAGGUAAUGGAUCACUGCCCGUACUACGUCGCUUGCGUAAAGGAGUCCAUGCGGCUCUACCCGAGCGCACCCAAUAUCUUUCCGCGACUGGUCGGAAAGGGCGGCAUGGAGCUGAACGGCCAGUUCGUACCUGAAGGCAUGGAGGUGGCGUGUAAUCCGUGGCUCGUCCACCGAGACGAGAAUGUUUAUGGGAAGGAUGCUGGCGAGUUCAGGCCUGAGCGGUGGCUCGAGAGUGAGGAGAAAGUGAAGGAAUAUAAUAAGUACAACAUGGCUUUUGGAUAUGGGGCGAGAGUGUGUCUGGGGAAGGACAUCGCAUUGAUGGAGCUAUACAAGGGGCCGGUGCAGUUCCUAAGAACGUUCAAGCCGGAGUUUAAGAACAAGGAGAGGCCGGGGGUUUAUGUUGUGAAAGGUGGUGUGAGCUUCUGGACGGAUAUGUGGAUGACAAUAGAAAGGAGGGCGCCGGUUGUGUAA